AGAGAGAGGGGAUUGUUCGUUGGCGGCGGUACCACGGCAGCAGCAGGCCACAGCGCCCAACACGCAUGUUCAGUGGAGAGUCAAUGGAAGGAGCCCUCAGAUGACGGACGCAAACGUCUGGGCAUGACAGCCGCUGUCACCGAGAGUGACAGCUUUCGCUCUCUGACGCCGCACCUCGACUAGACCCGAGUGAAGCCCGCCAAAGAAGUGACACGGAGCAAAUCAGAACUAUGCCAGAGAUGGAAAAAGGGAGACCACCGGAAAAUAAACGCAGUAGGAAACCUGCGCACCCCGUCAAGAGAGAGAUCAACCAAGAGAUGAAGACGUUUGCAGAGAGCACCAUGAAUGAGCUCCUAGGCUGGUACGGCUAUGACAAGGUGGAGCUCAGGGACAACGAGGCAACCGAGAUACGGAACUACCCCAACCGAGAGAGACGCCAGCAGCAUGUCUCCGUCCUUAAAGAAAACUCAGUGCCGAAGCCCAAGAGCUUGAACAGCAAAGUCAGCCCCUCUGCACUGGCCAUGAGGAGUGGAGAGAGAGAAUCAUCCAGCGUCCCCUCUUCCACUUCCUCUUCCUUCCCCAGCUCCUCCUCUUUGACCAGCCCUAAGGAGCAUAAGAGCGCUCCCGUAAUUGUCCCCCUUAUAAAGCCAUCUGCAGUGGAAGACGUGCAGAAUGUGCAGAUAGUGUGUGUGUGGUGUCAGAAGGAGGGGGUGAAGCGCUACUCUCUCUGUAUGGGCACCGAGCUGAAGAGCUUCUGUAGUGAGAAGUGCUUCGCCGCCUGCCGACGGGCCUACUUCAAACGCAACAAGGCCCGGGAUGAAGAUCUCAAUGGAGGUGAGCAAUCCCCCCAACACACCCAUGCCGACGACUCACCCCGACUGGUGAUGAAGAUGAACAGCAGUGGGGCCAGAUCACUCUCGCCUGUACCUCAGGUGUGCAACUGGUGCAAACACGUCCGCCACACCAAAGAGUACCUGGACUUCGGCGCAGGCGCAGAACGGCUCCAGUUCUGCAGUAGUAAGUGCUUGAACCAGUACAAGAUGGACGUGUUCUACAGAGAGGCCAGGGCAGCUCUCAUCAGCUCCAGCCCAGGCCCAGGAAGACCCACCCAGGAUGGGAGAACUGAGUCCAACGGAGGGGGUCAGAACCAGAAACUCCUGACCCCCGAAUCAUGGAACAAUGGCGCGGGGGUCGUUCGGGGGAGGACCAGGUCACCCAAAGGGCCCAUACCGAGGACUGUGUCACCAUCUGAGGCGUCGUCCUCGUCCUCCAAGGCCCCCAUCUCUGGGCUGAGACACCUGGAGAGGCAUGUCCUGCCACCGUUGCCACCCCCAGAGGUGGCAAACCACCACUCCGUCCCCCCUCCUCCUCCUCGCCCCUCCAUGGAGCACCACCAACACCACCAAGCAAUUCCUCAGAUCCCGCUGCCCUUCAUCCGGCCCCCCCUCCACGCCCAAGGCCUGACGAGCCCCAUCGCCAAUCCCCACAGGUGCCACCCUGGCCCCCCUUCCAGCCCCAUCAACCGGUCCACCCCUCACUCCCCCCACCUCCAGCCCCCCUCAACCUCCUCCAUGAACCCACCUAGAAUGCACCCAUACCCGGGGGCCUACUUCCCUGGCCUGCACUCCCCCCCAAUGAUGGGGCCCCGUGGCCCUGUGCCCAUGCCCUCUAUGAUGAACUUCGGGAGAUGGCCGUCCCUAGGCCCCUUCUUCCCUCAGCCCAUGGUCCUGGUUCCCUACCCCAUUAUUGUACCCAUCCCCGUCCCCAUCCCCAUCCCCAUUCCUAUCCCCAUACCCAUGCCCCCUAAGGCUUCCCCCUCAGACCCCCUAGGGAUCUCCCCCAGUGGGGUUAUCCAGCCUGUGCCAGAUGGGAUGGAGAGGAGGUGCUCCAGUGGUGUCAAACUGUCCUCUCCUGGGAGCUCUGUGCUAAGCAGAUUAAGUAGAACCACCAACCAGGGUCUACCAACGCCCUCCGACCACCCCAAAAGGGAUAUCACAGAUUGGGUUAAAUCUGAGAGGCAGGCUCCGUCGCCCAUGUCGACCCCCCACAGUGCAGCGUCCUCCCCCAGGGCUUGCUACGAUGCUUCGCCUUCUUCCACCUCAGUGAUUGAGGCACUGUUAGACUUUAAGCUGGGCCAGCAGCAGCAGCCAGAGAGACAGCUCAUUCAUAGAGUGCUCCAGAGGACCCCAGUCAAGCUGGAGCUCAACCCCCAUGGAAUGGUGGACCUGUCGGGUAAACGGGAGUCCAGAGCGGGGCAAAGCACCAGGGUAUUGGAUGCCAGAGUGGACCACCACAACCACCACCAUGACAUUAUCAAACCCACCCCUCCACCAUCCCAGUCCCCCCUUCACCUUCACGACAUUUCCUUCCCCCAGAGCCCAAACACACAACUCCCCUCGCACACUCCACCAAUGACCAGAGGGGGAUGCCGCAGCCCUCCCUGUGAUGCCGCCACCUCCUCCCCCCCGAUGUCCCCAGACAUCCCUAACCGAACGACUACGUCAUCAUCCCCCGACCCUGCUCCCAGCCCAGACUCCUCCCAGUCCCAGAGAGAGGCCCCGCUCCUUGGCCCUGACUCUGUCCUCAGCGAGCUGGAGGCAGUCAAAGAGAACAGCUGCUCCAAUGGCCAGGUCCAGCUGAGGGACCAGGGCCAGUUCCCUCCCCUCCCCACUAGCCAAUCAGAGGAGCCCUCGCCCAGUGGCGACCCUAAGGACCCCCACAUCCUCGAUGAGGACCACGCCUAUGCCCUGCCCACCCCCACCCCUACCCCUACCAGGGCGGGCAGUUUCCCAGCCACCACCCACACCACACUCCUUCUGCCCAAGCUCAGGGACAAGGGCGCCCUCUGGAGCCCACCAAGUGUGGCUGGACCUGGGGACAUGGAGCCUGCUCAGAAGAGACGGUGCCUCCGCAUCCGAGAUCAGAACAAGUAGAAGAGGGAGCUUCUUCCUGCCAACCAGAUGUUCUAUGGAAGACAUAAAGUACAUUCAAGGAACAACCCUAACGACCAAUCAGAUUGGAACCCUCCUUACUUUCGACAAAUCAGAUCCGUCUCCAGUUGACCCUUUUCUAAUUGUUCAUUCAAAUGGUCCUUUUGCCACCCAGAGCUGUGUGAUUAUGUGCUUAUCUUUCCGUUUUACAUCCUGGGCUUAAUGUACACAUGAUGACAGAGAAGGUUUUGAUUUCCAGUUACCUCUACUUCCUCCCUUCUCCCCUCCCAUUUCAAAAACCCUCAAAAGGUCAAGGGUCAUCUUAAUAAUUGUGUCUGAAAGUGAAAAAGAUGGCUAUUGGCAGAGAGCGACACAUAACCCAAUGACUGUUUAUCAUAUAUUCCCAAAAGCCAUGUGCCAGAAGUAUUAAACCAUCUUCUUUCAGAGAGGUCCCCGCUUCACCCUUUGUCAUUUGUUGUAGUUUCACGUGGUCCACCGGUCUCCUUAGUAACCAAUACACAUGAAAAUCACAGAGGGUUGCCAGCGUUGCGCAGGCGGAUUUAUUGCUUGGUGUUCUGUGUAAGGGGAGCCUGUGUGUGUGUUUGUGUGUGUGUUUUUGGUUUUACUAUCUUUGUGGGGACCACAAGUCCUCACAAGGAUAGUAAAACAAGGAAAAUUCAGACACGUGGAAGUUUCCCCAGUCCCCACAAGAAAAUAUACUAUUUUAUGCUUAGUGGUUAGGUUAGGUUGACAAUUAGGGUUAGGGUUACAAUUAAGGUUAGGACCAGUGUUUAAUUUGAACCGGAACCUAUUUGGCCGGAUCUGGUACAUCUCGUGGCAUGAAAAAUGAUUGGCUUUCACAGAACUAAAAUGAGAUUCACUUCUAUGAUCUCUCUCCCUCCCUCUGCUCUCUCUCUGCUCUAAUAGAGCCUGCAGCUCUCUUCUCUCCAGCAUUGCACUUUAUAAUUUCCUUAUUGAGGAAAGGGUUCUGGAGGAGCCUGAUAAAUUGACAUCAAUUUGCCAAAGUUAUAGAGUUACUGCUGUCUGUUCAGAAAUAAAUGAAAUAACUACUACACCACAGUAGCGGAGCGUGAAUCCCCCCCCACAAAUCACCCCUCCCCCCAAAAAGCUAUAUUACAACCUAUGUGAUGUGAUAAUUGUGUUAUUUUUUCUAUAACCUGUUAAUUCAUAUGCCUUGCGACCGUGGUAUAGAGGCCUAAAGGCCCAGACAAUAAGAAGACACAGUGGCAGAAUAAAUUCAACCACACCUUUGUUUUAUCACCGGAUAGCAACAUCUGUCCAGUGAACAAAGCAUAUUGCAUGUACAGUAACAGACAGUUACAUUGCCUACAGCAUGGUCAGGUCAAGUUAAUGUUUCUGCCAUUUUCAGACCACAAAACAAGUAUUGAUUUAGAGCCACAGAGUUACCUCAAGUCACAAAGAAAACAGGAGCUGCCUCCACUAUUCCAGCACCAUUUCAACAUCAUCAAAUCACCUCUUCUUUUGUCUAAUACAGUGAAAACUAAAAUAUACCAAAAACUAUUUAGUCCAAUCAACAUCAGCUAAAUGUGAUGUGGAUUUUAAUGGUUCUGAUUUCUUUGUGUGUGUGUGUGUGUGUGUGUGUGUGUGUGUGUGUGUGUGUGUGUGUGUGUGUGUGUGUGUGUGUGUGUGUGUGUGUGUGUGUGUGUGUGUGUGUGUGUGUGUGUGUGUGUGUGUGUGUGUGUGUGUGUGUGUGCGUGCCUGCGCGCGCGUUCGUGCAAGUAGAUAAACAUUUUGACCCACCCUACUUGUGGAGAAACAACAAUGCCAUCCUCCUCUCUUUCAUGUUAACGAAACGGUCUGUCACUCUGUCAUACAGUACACGCUUGUAUUUGUUGUUGUCCUAGGUUACCUGGCGAAAAUGCUUGUUCGCUAGCCUAACUUCCAUUCAUUUCCAACCUUAGUUAACGUUAGCCUUCAACAUUUAGCUACAUUUUGAACUUCCAUCCUCUCAGGCCAGCGGCACAACAAUGUAUGAAUUGGAUGGUGGUUGGAUCAGUGGUUCCGGUGGUUCUGAUGGUGGUUCUGAUCCAAAUGUUUGGAUCAGAAUAGCCAUUAUAAUCAUUGGCCAGUACGGAGAAUUAAGUAAAACCUCAAGUCCAAAUCCCUAUCUCCAUCCAUGGUUAAUUUAGGAAAGGGCCAAUUUUAGCUAGCUAGCAAGCCACCGGAGGACGAGAACACAAUGAGAUGCACAAUUCAAGUUUUUCUGUCAAUAUCAUAUGCUCCAAAAUCAAAGCUGGCUUCCCUUAACACUUUUGUUGUUGCGCCAGGACCAUUUACAGUUAAGCUGGCUCAGUUUAGUUCGCCGCUGAUUGGCACAUUUUGUAUUAUUUUUUUUAUCAAGGGAGGCCAGAUGCUCGCUGGCUUCCCUUUGCCUUCAAUGCUACGGGCAACAACAAUGUCAUACUUGUUUGGACCAGACAGCAUCAGAUAGAUGGCAUACACGUAGAGAGACAGAGGGCCGCUGUUUCACACGCUCGGAUACUUAUAUUCAGCUUCUUGCGAAUUGAAGGAAAAUUAUGAAACACAGAAAGACAAGAGAUCAAUUAUUUUAUAUAUAUAUAUAUUUUUUUUUUAAUUGGUCCAUUUUUUGGGUAAGCCUCGCUUCCCUUGGCGUCCAUGAAUACACAUCACUGCCACACCAUGAGAAAGCCUCAAAUUUAGCCACAGAGGAUAAAUAGCUUCUUUUAAAAAUAGCCUAGCUGUGGAGUGUAGCCCAAUAACAAGGCAUAGCCUACAGUUGGGAACGUGUGGCAAAUCUGUCAGUGAACAAACAGCAUGCAGACAAAACUGGCCUCUCGCAAUAUUUUAAAUAGUCUACAAUCGAAUCAUGACGUCAGUGAUCUACAGGUGGGAAAGUCGGAGCUCUUAGGCCAGAGUUCCCCACUUGGAAUUCCGAGUUGAAAGACCGUUCAAAACUCCUUUUCCCAGUCGGAGCAAAUGUUUCUCUGAAUUUUACAGUUGUCUUGAACGCACUGAAGUCGGAAGUCAGAUAUUUCCCAGUUCUCAGUUUCGAGUUGUAUUGAACGUGGCAAUAACAAAAUAUUAUGCCAAAGUCUCCAGUAAUGUAAAAUGACGUAGAAUUGGAUGAAAUGCAUUUAUACAAGGCCAAACAUUUCCCGGACCCUAGGCUAGAAAAAAUGUUCCCCAUGUGUGGAACUUCUAUAAGUGCCUCUACUAUAUUGCUCUAUGUCACAGUGGAAAUGUGAUGAUAUGCACAGCAUACUUUAUUAUAAAGAAUAUUUUUUCUUUCUUGUGUGUUCCGGUACCUCAAAGCUCCCCAGGUCACCCCCCUCUCGUGCUAACUGUUUGUUCCGGCACCUCCAAAUGUACUAGUUAAGCACUGGUUAGGAGUUAGGGGUUAAGGUUAGCAUUAGGUUGUUAAGGAUUAGGGGUUAACAGGAUAUUGAAUGGGAAUAGUUUUUUGGGUCCCCAAAAGGAUAGUAAAACAAACAUGUGUGUGUGUGCGCACGUAUGUGUGAGCGUGUGUAUAUAGUAUAUGUGUCUGCUGAGGGUGUGUAUAGUAACGUGUGUGUAUGUUUGCAUAUGUCGCGAGCGCUUAUGUGUAAUGGGACCCGGUCUGCGUUCACAGUCGACUGACUUUAGCUUAGUAACUCUCAGUUGCAGAGGUUAAUAUGGCUGUCCACUUUCAUUGUGUUCGCUACUAAAAGUGUCUUUAAAAAUACUUUAAAGUCUUUUAGCUCUGACAAAAUCAACAGGCCAACUGGAGGAUUUCACCUCAGGAAAUAGCCUGGUUUCGUCUCAGUUUUCAAUGCCUUUAUUUGGGCUAUUUUAUUGCCACGUGUAACUAGAUCCCUCCACAUGGGUAUUUGCAGAGCGUUUGAAACUUAAACGGAGAGGGACAAGGGGAAUAGAGAGUUAGAGAGUACAGAGCCAUGGCUUCUUGGCCCCUGGUGUGUGUGUGUGUGUGUGUGUGUGUGUGUGUGUGUGUGUGUGUGUGUGUGUGUGUGUGUGUGUGUGUGUGUGUGUGUGUGUGUGUGUGUGUGUGUGUGUGUGUGUGUGCACGUGUGUGUGUGCGUGCGUGCGUGUGUGCAUCCGCCUGUGCAUGUGUGUGAGUUCGGCACAGAUGUUCUUGGCUUGAUAAUAACCUAUGUGACAGUUAUCUGGGUGUUGACAUAUCUAAAAGCCUCAUUCUCACAGUGUUUAUGUUGAGUGGGUGGAUUAAGGAAGGGAGGAUUGACAGAAUAGGAAGGCAGAUCUAAGACUAUGGUAUAGAUGUAAAUGGAAAUGCUUUCUCUCUCUCUCAUCCCCCUUUGUCUUACUCUCUCUUUUUCUGUCUGUCUCUCUUUCACUCUCUCCCUCUCCGUGUCUCUCUCUUCUCUCUCUCUCUCCUUUUCUUUCUUUCUCUCACUUUUUCUCUUUCUCCGUCUCUCGUUCCCUCUCUCUGUAUGUGAUGAACUGCUUUACUGUUUUACACUGUACAGCGGUAGCAGAUCCAGUGCCCUGCCCUCUUAUGGACAUCACCAGAACCAACGCCCUCUCUCCAAUCCAUUCCUCAGCCAAUCAGUCAGCCACCAGGGAGAUUGGCCCUGCCCUUCUUCUGACCACGAGGUGCCAAUCAAGGAAGCAGUUCAAUGGGGGAAGCAGCCCAAGACUUCUAGUAUAUUCACAGCAUCUUUGGACUUCAGAGAUACCUCCUCCUUUGAUCUCUGCCAUACUCCAUGAGCCUAUCAGAGCCCGCUCCUCAACACUAUUCAGUGGCUCUACACUAGACGGUAGGCUACUAGGCUCCAAUCAUCAGCCUUGUGUGGUCUUCUGAGAUGGAGCCUGAACCUGAUCUCUUUCCUGGGGAAACGGUUUGUUUUCUCUGCUUAGCUCCACACAAAGAGCCACAUUGUUCCUCUCCCCCAUAUCCCACGCUAACUCCCCUACUCGGGUUUUGGGUUACCUGGCCGACGGGGGCUCAGGCUUCAGGAGGAGUGUCUUUUUUUUGGUCUGAUUGAGGGCCAGGAAUAUGUGUGUACCCGCCUCUCCUUCUUUCCUCUCCUCUCCUCUCUGUACCCCCUGCCCAAUUGCAGUAUACAGUACACACACCAGAUCUGAUGUGCAACUUCUUACACCAAUUGCUUGAUAACUUCCUCUUUCCCUCGUAUAUCCUCUCACGAAGGAUCAGGGUAAACAAUUUCAGUUCAAGAAUUUAUCCUGAACUAUUUUAAGGAGGAAUGGAAUCUCCUGGAGCAAUGAAAAAUAUGAACUGUAAACAAUGUCAUAUGAUAACGAAGGAGAGAGGGAGCAAGUCCCAUAUAUCAAUCUACUGAUAUAGCUGAGUUGGCAAGGGAAGUUUUGACUUGCCUGAGACUUGAAGACUUGUCCCCAAAAUGAAUGCCAAGGCUUUGGCUCAAAGGGCUAACACAGUCUUGUGAUGUGCAGGAGACCUGGGUUUCAGACCAUCACACGGGCAGUGAUUUAUAACACUGACUCAGUUAUGGGACUUGGGCUAUAUUGUCACAGGCAUACCAUUUAUGAUCUUUUUAACACCAAUUGGUCUUUGGACCAAUCAGAUCAGAUCUUUUGCCAAUAAUCAGGCAGCCUGUGUAAACACUGCCAUAGAAGUCGAUAUUUUGAGUUUCCAAACCCACUCCCUCUGUUGAUGCUCCUUAGAUAAUGUUGAUGCUCCUCAGAUAAUGUGCAGUGGGCCCCUUUUGGUGGGUUUGGAACAACAAUGUAGGUAGUCAUGUUACCAGCCAUGGUAUUAUUUUGAACCGUCAGUAUUACAGUUUGAUGAGAUACUGACUAUACGCCUGGUCCCAGAUCUAUUUGUUCUGUCUUGCCAACUCUUCUAGUCAUUGUCAUGCCAAAACUAUCCAAACUGUCCAGUGGGAGCAUCAUCAUCUUGAGGCCUUGCCAGCACUCAUCAUCACAUUGUGAGAAUUCACUUUUAGUUUUUGCUAUACAUAGACUUUGACUUUAUAUUAACUUAUGAAUGAUGCCUUUCAUAGAUCUUCAAAAAGUGCUUUAUUGAUUUUUAUUUUGACGAUGAUUAUUAUGCUGUAUUUUGCGAGUUCUAACCAGUUUCCAAAUGUUUUAGAAUUUGUCCAGUAGAGUGCAGUGUCGCUUCUGGAACAUACAGGUAGGUACCUGCCAAAAUAAUGGAAACACUUGAGUAAAUGAGCGAUACAAAGUCAAUUGAAUGCAGGUGGUUCCACACAUGUGUGGUUCCUGAGUUAAUUAUGCAAGCCAUUAUUUUGGCUGCCAUGGCUAUGCCUCCCCCCCAUAGGAUGACAAUGCCCCCAUCCACAGGUCACGAAUUGUCAUUGAAUGGUUUAAUGGGCAUGAAAACGAUGUAGGCCAUAUGCCAUGGCCGUCUCAGUCACCAGAUCUCAGCCCAUUAAACACGGAUGGGAGAUUCUGGAGCGGCGCCUGAGACAAAACAAAAACUGAUAUAAUGAUUUAAUUUAAGAAUGGUGUCACAUCCCUCCAAUAGAGUUCCAGACACUUGUAGAAUAUAUGCCAAGGCACAUUGAAGCUGUUCUGGUUUGUGGUGUCCCAAAGCCCUAUUAAGACACUUUAUGUUGUGGUUUCUUUUAUUUGGGGAGUUACCUUACCUGUAGCAGCUGCCUCUCUUUUAUAUACAUAACUAGCCGUCUCCGAUACCUUCGGUAAAUAGAUAGGCUAUUUUCAUGAACAUAAACAGGUAUUAAUUCACCUUCAUUCAGUAAACAACCAUACAUUUAGUGUCAAUACAAGUCUGUCUUUUUCAUGCCAAUUUCAGCAAUGGCUCGAUCUAUUCAACGAUCCUGCCACAAAUCACCUGUUGCCAUCCCAUAGCCAAAAUAGAACAUUGCCACGACGCCCCCCCACACACACACACACUCUCUCUCUCUCUCUCUCUCUCUCACACACACACACAUACACCUCUGCCAUCUCAGAACUGCAUUCCAAAGAGCACAUGCCCAAUCAGCGUAUGUGUAGCCACGGUGACAACAAGCUCAUUCCAGUCAACAGGCUUACCUUAGGUCAUGCCUAUAGAAUCAUUGUCAUCUUAGUCUGCCCAGGGGACUGUGUCACAAACUAUUAUGACUCAGCAGUGAUGUCACUCUAUACUAAUGCCUGUCAUAUCCUGCAGUACUCCCCUAGCCAUUCCCUAGUGGCCAAAAAGUCAACAAAAAACUGGCAUAGUAUAUUGCACAUCUACCUAUACCUACCAUUUCUGGCCAGUAUCGGUUUGGGAAGAUAAAAAUGUAAAGUUGUCUGAAACCUAUAUAUUGUGGACUCUGAGGACACUUGCUGAACAUAUAGGGUACUGUAUAAUUGACCAUUCAGAUAGUUUUUUAUGUAAAUGAAUACGAUAAACCGGGAGCUGUUUGGUGAAGACCCAUUUGUAAAGUGAAUAAAGGCUAUUCUGACGGUACCAACA